GCGGCGUCCCAGCCUUGCUUCUUCAGCCACCAGCGUCGGGAGAAGAGAGUAAAUACCCGUUUCUUCCGCCAAUCCCCGCGGGCCACAGCUAGCUUGCCCGCCCGGCCCCUUUCUGUCCCCAAUCUAGGUGGCCCAUUCCCGACGGGACAGCAGCCAAUCAGGAGCGCGAUAGCAUCCCGCCUUUGCUCUCGUUCGCCGAGGCAGGCGUCCGUCGAAAUUUUGGGGAGCCAGCGGUGCCGCCGAUCUCUGGCAGCAAGAGGUGGUUUAAAGGAGGUGGCGGGAAGCCGGUGUUUGAUAAAAUUCGUCACCCUUAUGGUCGCUUCGAUUGUUCACAAUCAAAAUUAACAUAGCAAAAUAAGCCAAGAUGUCUGUCGAUCCAAUGACCUAUGAGACCCAGUUCUUUGGCUUCACACCACAAACUUGCAUGCUCAGGAUCUACAUUGCAUUUCAAGAUUACCUGUUUGAAGUGAUGCAGGCUGUUGAACAGGUUAUUCUGAAGAAGCUCGAUGGCAUCCCAAACUCUGAGAUCAGUCCAGUCCAGAUUCGUAAAUGCACGGAGAAGUUUCUUUCCUUCAUGAAAGGACGUUUUGAUAACCUUUUUGUCAAAAUGGAACAGCUGUUUUUACAGUGGAUUUUGCGUAUUCCCCCAAACAUCUUGCUUCCAGAAGAUAAAUCUCAGGAGAUAUAUCCUUAUAGUGAGGAAGAAUUUCAGCUUCUCCAAAAAGAAAUUGAACAGUUACAGGAGAAGUAUAAGGCUGAGUUAUGCACUAAACAGGCCCUUCUUGCAGAAUUAGAAGAGCAAAAAAUUGUUCAGGCCAAACUCAAACAGACAUUGGCUUUAUUUGAUGAGCUUGAAAAUGUUGGCAGAGAUCAUGGGACUAGUGAUUUUAGGGAGAGCUUGGUGUUCCUGGUCCAGAACUCCAGAAAACUACAGAAUAUUAGAGACAAUGUGGAAAAGGAAAGCAAAAGACUGAAAAUAUCUUAAUUUCUAAAGAGUAAAAGGAGCCUGUCAAAAGUACAAUGACUGUGGGAUUUAUAUCAGUGACUAUUCUUAUUUUAGUGAACUGUAUAUUUUAUUGGAUUUUCUUUGUUUACUCUUUCUUGUAUUUGCGCAUCUUCCUGUUUUUUGGUUCACUCUCCUUAUAUCUGUGUACUACCCCAAACUAAUCUUUGAAGCAUCUAUUCCUUACCAGCUUCUAAUAGGUGGGAAGGGAUUCUUGAUUCAAUAACAACUCAUUUGGGGUCAUGAUUGAAGAAAUAAAGCUUUCCCUGCCUAGUCAAAGAUAUUUGUAAAAGUUGUACCUUAGUCAUGAGUCCUUUGUAACCUUGAUUCUUUUGACUUAUUCUUUGGAUGAGAUCAAAUGAGAAAAAGGUUGAGUGGGUGGCUUCUUUAUUAACCAGCCACUACUCUGUGGGACAGCCAACACAGAGUGUGUGCUCUUGCCCAUGAGGAAGUUUAUAACUAGCGGAAAGAAGCAGGUAGCAGAAAAAGUACAGAAGAAAGAAGUUGUUUUGUUUCUAAAAUAAAUCCUUUUUUUUGACCAAGGCCUUGGUGAUGUUAAACAAUUUACUGUUUUGGAGCCCAACAGUGAAAGACCUUGGCCAAAAAAGGAGCAGAUCUCACUAGAAUAGAAAAGGAAGCCUGGAACAUACCCAAUAGCAAAGUUUAUAUUAACUGUUAGGUCUUUAUGUCAUUUUUUUCAUACUUUAGUUAAUUUUAGAAUCUUCCUUGUAUCUAAUAUUUAAUUAACUUAUGUAAAUAAUCAUAGGCAUCAAAUUUUAGUAUUCUCUGGGAAAUUUUAGCUAUGUCUUUUGGAAUCAUAUAACAUGAUCGGUCACCCAAGGAAAGGGAAGAUAUAGCAAUAGUUACUCUCAAGGUAUUGCAUGCCCUCCAUGUCUUCCUUUGAAACAGUAUUUAGAGUUUCUCCUUUAUGUAGAAGAAUAACUUAGUAUAUUAAUAUUUGCAAGUAAAUAUUCAUAGAUUUAGGAAGUCUCUGUUUAACUGGAAUAUGUUUAUUAUCAAAGAGUUCUUUUUCCAAUCAUGUAUGAAAUACAUAUGUUUUUAAAGGCUUUGGUUUUCGAUUUUCUGCUGUCUAUAAUGUCAUGGUAUGUUUCCUUCAAUAUGACGUUUUACCCAAAUGCUUUUUUUUUUUUUUACAUUUGAAGCUUAUUGAAAAUCUCCUAGUGUAGUGGGAUUAAAUGGUGAUUCCCCGAAAGGUGUGUUCAUGUCUUGAUUCCUGGAACCUGUGAUUGUGCCUUAUUUGGAAAAAAUCUUUGCAGGUAUUCUUGAGUUAAGGAUCUGAAGAGAAGGAGAUCAUUCUGAAUUAUCUGGGGGAGUGAGGUGGACUAAAUCCAAUGACAAGUGUCUUUAUAAAAAGAGAAAUUUGAGACAGAUCACAGAGGCAGAUUGAAUGGGUGAUACAGCCACAAGUCAGGGAACGGCAACAGCCACCAUAAGCUGGAAGUGACACAGGACAGAUUCUCCCCUGGAGCCUCCACAGGGAGUGUGGCCCUGCUGGCAUCCUUAUUUUGGAUUUCUGGCUUCCACAACUGAGAAUACAUUUCUGUUGUUUUAAGUCGCUAAGUUUGUUAUGGUAGCCGCAGGGAACUAAUGUACCUAGUGAAAUUAAAAUACUAAGGUAUUCAUAAGGAUGUAAGCUGUCGUUAAGGAAACAACAGCUGAGAACUCGCUGGUCUCCAUAUACAUGUAAUAGUAUGGUUUGUCUGAAUACAGUUAAAAUAUGAAUGUGAUCUAGAUAGAAGCGUGAAAUCUAGUGUUUAGAACUCGAGUCUAUUUCAUAUUGAGUAAGUGCUUAAUCAUUGGAUAUUAAUACUGUUCCCAUUUGUCAUAGUAGUGUCUCUACAGGAACAAAUUAAUCUGCUUGGCACCAUUGUCUUCUAAUAAUUAAAUUCCUCUCUCAAAAAUUCAUUAAUAGGGGCAGCCGAAUGGCUCAGUUGUUUAGAGCGGGAACUCUCAACAACAGUGUUGCGGGUUCGAUUCCCACAUGGGCCAGUGAGUAAGCUGCGCCCUCCACAACUAGACUAAAUACAACGAGCUGCUGCUGAGCUUCCAGAGGGGUGGCCGGAUGGCUCAGUUGG